AUGGGUGACUGGGGCUUCCUGGAAAAGCUUCUGGACCAGGUGCAGGAGCAUUCGACGGUAAUCGGCAAGAUCUGGCUGACGGUGCUGUUCAUCUUCCGUAUCUUGAUCCUGGGCCUCGCGGGGGAGUCCGUGUGGGGGGACGAGCAGUCGGACUUCGUGUGCAACACCAAGCAGCCGGGCUGCCCCAACGUUUGUUACGACCGGGCCUUCCCCAUUUCCCAUGUCCGCUACUGGGUGCUGCAGUUCCUCUUUGUCAGCACACCCACCCUGGUCUACCUGGGGCAUGUCAUCUACCUUUCCCGGCAGGAGGAGAAGCUGAAGGAACGGGAGAGUGAGCUCCGAGCCCUGCAGUCCAAGGAUUACAAGGCAGCCGUGAUGCUGAUGGCCGUGGAGAAGAAAAUUGCCAAGAUCUGUGUGGCAGAAGAUGGGAGGAUAAAAAUCCGGGGACCUCUGAUGUGGACCUACAUCAUCAGCGUGGUGUUCAAGUCCAUCUUUGAGGCCGGCUUCCUUCUAGGCCAGUGGUACCUGUAUGGCUUUGUCAUGAGCCCCGUCUUUGUGUGCGAAGGGUCCCCCUGCCCGCACCGCGUGGACUGCUUUAUGUCCCGUCCCACUGAAAAAACCAUCUUCAUCCUCUUCAUGUUGGUGGUGGGCUUGAUUUCCCUCGUGCUCAACCUUCUGGAGCUCUUCCAUCUGUGCUGCAAGGGCCUGCUGCACCGUGUGAAGGAGAGCGACUGCUGUUCUCCCUCCUCAGCUCCCCCUCUGCCCUGCAAGGCCGACGGCUACCCCACCAAGCUCUGCAGAACGUCUGCUGAGUCUUACCCGGACAAAUCCUACUUCUAUCUCCCCAUGGCUGAGGGGCUUUCCCCACCUUACCAGGCCUACAACAAGCUUUCCAGUGAGCAGAACUGGGCCAACUUUAACACCGAGGAAUCCUUGGCCCUGCAACACCAGCAUAAGCCCCCCGAUGUCUUUGCCACAGAUGCCCCCAAAGUCCAUCUCACUCAGGAAGUGCAGUCCAGUCGACCAAGUAGCAGCAAUUCCAGAAAGCAGUAUGUCUAGCCAACAGGCCACCAAAGUGCAAGCUGGACAGUGUUUUGCUUGAUGACAUCAGAAGGUUAUCAAGCCAAGAUUCCUCAUGGGAAUCUUUGGGCAACUGAUUGCUUAACUCUGCUUGGUUACCACUGAAGGCAGAGGUGGUGCCUCAUUGUUCUUGACAGUCAUGCCUUGUUUUGGCCAUGCUUUCCUCUGUGUGUGUGGAAGGCAUGGCUUCCAUGUGGAGGCAGGUUGACCUUGACCAUUGGUCGACCAUGGAAAAAGCCAUGGAACCACCUCUCCCAAGCCGACGGGCACUGGGCAGUCACACAGGUGUGGUGCUAAAUGUGGAUUCUUGUGACAGUGUUGCUGGUCUCUUUGAUUUUCAGAUAAGAGGGCAGAUGGUGGCAACUUGUUCCGGAGGUGGAGGUGCACACACAGGAAAAGCCUUUCUGCCAGUUCGACACUACACAAGCAUUGGCUUCAGUUAAGAAAACUUGUAGCCUGGUGGGAAAAACACAAAGGAAAGUGGGGAGGUGGCUAAGGAGGGGAAAGAGACAUCCGGGUCAUAGAUCAAUUGAAACAGUCUCUUUUUUUAUUUAAUCUGCUGGUUUACAGGAAGUCUGAACAACUUAGCAACAGAAAACUGCAAACCAGAUAGACUGGCCUUUUGGUCAGAGAAAAGUAAUCUAAAAACAGAUUUCCUGUUCCAAGCAGGCAUUCAGUGCAACAUCAGCUCCUGCUGAAGCAAAGAUGAAAUAUGCAUCCUCAUUUAAAUAUAGCCCAGUUGCUGUGGUUCAGCUCCACUGAGCUAUUUCUUGCAUGCCUCAUCCUUGGACAUCGGCCCUGGAGCCAGCGUGCCAUCUAAAGGAGUGGGAGAGCACUGUCUUCAUCUUCAUCUACGGAUCUGUCAAGGCUUUGCCCUUUCUGCCUCAGUCACAGUUGGUGAACACUUGGUCUGCUUUCUGUCCUGAUCUUCAGCUGCACAGUUGAAUCAAAGAGGCCCAGUGGACGUGAUUAACUGUCCCAUCUCAGUCCACUCAGUUCCUCCCCAGUUCAGUGUUUGGGUCUUGCAUGCCUCCCUACGAAUACACAACCUACAUAAUUUUAGUUUGGUUUAAAUUCUUUUAAGAAUAUCAUCAGAACAUAUGCCCUGAUUGGUGUUUCCAAAGGAAGGUAGACCUUAAUGGACUACUCAGUGUUUGCGAGAAAGCAUUUGGCCAAGACAACUUCCUAUACGUGUUAUUUCCGGAUACAGGAUAACGAAACUCAUUUGGUGCUGUGCUCCCCCAUUUCCUGGCCACCUCUGCAUAGUUCAGAACUAUGCCUUAAAGCACUGCUUACUGCAUGUUUGAAAUCUCUGUUUCAUACACGUAUCUUUAUGUAUACUUACUCCUUCCUGCUAAUUUCUGUUCUAGAGUCUUGGUUUUGAAUUUUUCCUUCGGUUAAUUUAUUGCCAUUCUAAGGCGUAUAGUCAACAAGCUGAGUCUGGAUCUGUUCUUGACACAGCACGUUAAAGAGUCUGUUCUCCUGGAUGGGAAUGGAAAGGUAAAGCGGCACUUGGCCCGCUUGCUGUGUGGAUAGAGCACUGUGCCUUUUUUCCGUCUCUCUCUGGAUUAAAUCAAAGGGGGUGGUGUUUUGUCAUAAACUGUUUCCGUCAACGGUGAUGGCACUCAAAAACCUCUCACCAUUGUGGGAGAAAUGCUUGUGAGGGCUGGCUCCCCUUGAAUGUGGCGUCACAUGUACAGGACCAAAAGAAAACUGGCUGGAAGACAAUACUUCUAGCAUACCUAUUUCUUUCUCUCAGUCCCUGUUAAACUGUUCUUGAUGACAAAGCUGUGAAAAGAAGAUCUCUGCAUGUAAAAAUCUUUCUGCCUAUUUGAUGUACAGCAAACUGUGCAGAAGAAUCUGCUUCUUGCCACCAAUUCAGGCAAAUUGUAUCAACGCCAAAGUGCAUAUAGGAGCUCUGGGAUGAAGGUUGAUGGUAUUAAAUCUAAUUUUGUUUUUUGUUAUUUUCGGAAUAAAAAAAUGCACAAAA